AUGGAGUUUGGAGAAGGAACCAUUCUCAUUGUAAAAGGUACAGAAAUAAUUCUUAUUUUCAGAUUGUUAAAAAUCUUAGAUUAUACAUGAAGAGUGUAGAAGAAUAGCUAAAGGAAAUUGAAUUAUUGUGACAAUCAAAUGUACAUAAAAGGUUGAUGUCCGCGCCCCCGCGGAAAUCUAAUUAGCAUCAUAAAAAAAUACCCAUACAAAUCCUUCAGUUUAAGCUAGAGAUAUCUGUUUAUUUGCAUUGGAUGAGUCUCAAUCCACCGCAUCCGCCUAUGUCGCUCUUCCGCAUCUGCGGUGAAAGGUGACAGAGCUAGAGCGGUGUUUGUCAGACCAUGAGACAUCCCGAAAAUGAUGGAACGAUGAGACUCUCAGGAACAUGACGGUGUUCUCCGUUUUGCUCUACAUCCUCCACAAAAAAUAACAAAUUCCUGAUCUUUCUUAUAUCUCUCAGAUAUAGGACAGACACUUCAGAACAAACUUCUUUUAGACUAUGUUUUGGGGGACUAUAUGUUGUUCCAUGCAGUUAAUCUGUUAUUCAAUGUGUUUGUGUGGACUAAUAGCUGUAAUGCCAAAUACAAUUUUCCAUCAAAUAAUUGUAUAUAUUUUUUUAUACUUCAAGGGGUCUUAAAAUUCAAAAUCAAAUAGCAAAAUGAUCCUUGGUAUGACCUUCUUAAAACAAUUCCAUAUAGCCUAAUAGAACCCACCCCCCACCCACCCCCCCCAGCUUAGCUUUUUAGAUUAUUUAGUUCCAAAAAUAAUGGGUUAAAUACAUGUACAAAAAAUAGACUGUUAUGGGUUAAGUAAUCUCAUAAUGAGAUCCUUUCAUGGUUAAAAAAAUGUUAGGUAGGGAUGUUUUGGAUAUUCAAAAGAUUUACUGACAUGAUACUUCUUUUCAGGUUCAGAGUCCAACAGCAAGACAGUUGUUCAGCAGUCUGUGUCUAAAUCAGUCCAGCUAGGAGACUCUGUGACUCUGAACUGUACAAUACACACUGAGACCUGUGUAGGAGAACACAGUGUCUAUUGGUUCAGACAUGGCUCAGGAGAAUCCCAUCCAGGAAUAAUUUACACCCAUGGAGACAGGGGUGAUCAGUGUGAGAACAGCCCUGAGGCUGGGUCUCCUACACAGAGCUGUGUCUACAAUCUCCCCAAGAGGAACCUCAACCUCUCUGAUGCUGGGACUUACUACUGUGCUGUGGCCUCAUGUGGGGAGAUACUGUUUGGGAACGGGACCACACUGGACUUUGAGGGUUGUGACUUUACUGCCCAGAUGAGAAUCCUGGUCCUUCUCUCCAUCAUAAGAACUGGAGUUCUCCUCUGCUGUGUGACCAUCUUCAUCAUUAUCUAUACCACCAGGAAAUAA